UCUCACUCUCUCCCUUGCUCUCUCUGUAUAUGUAUUUGUUUCUGAUCGAUUUGAAUACAACAUACAAAAUAGAACAUUUUGAUCAAGCAAACGCUCUUAACAAUCAUCACUUUAUACCCGGUAUCUGAUGUCAGUAAUUUGGUACCGCCUGGCCAAAAAUCUGCAUUUGAUCUGACAGUUGUACAGCAACAGUGAGCCAAUCGAAAUCCAACUUCCACUAGUUGAAGCGGUGGUUAAAUUUGCCUAACAAUAAUGCCGAUGCAGUUCUACACGGUACCAAGCUCAUAAUGCCAGUGAUUUAGAAUAAUGGAAUAAACGGAUUGCAACCCGGAGUCCGGACAUAACACCAAUGUGAUGAGCGCUUGACUGAAACAUAAGGACACCUUGGAAAGAUAGAGCAUAUGAGGAGGGCGAUAUAAGCCAUACCACUCAGAAGAGACCGGGGGAUGCGAGCUUUGCCCAUCCGUUUUCGCCGGUCUGCGUUCCAGAGGGAGGGUGGUCUCGGUCGAGAUGAAUGUCUAGAUGGUAGCAUAUGAAUUUCUCGCAAUAUUUCACUCUUCUUUUAGAAAUGGACACAUUUUUUCAGUCUGUGGUUUCGAUGUGCAGGUGGACAUCCACCGUGAGAAAUCUAUAGUCUGACGGUGUCUUCUUGACCGUCACAUUGCCAGCUUAGAGAUACAGUUUGUACAAUUCUGUGGUAUUCAAACCUCCUGGAGACUACGGACCUUCGACUCUGAGGAUUUUACAGUUGGGAAAGCUGGACUAAUGUGAUCGUAAGGAAACAUACAGAUUCCUGGCGCUCGCAAUGCUUUCACGUUUUCGAAUUCUAACCCGAUGAUACUUGCUUUCUCUUCUAGAUGACAACACAGACAGCUCCUGCACUACAGUGAAUUGGGCCAUUGUCUCCCAUGAAAAUGCAUAUCUGGAUACUGAAAAUAAUCCUUUUGGUCGUGGCAUCUCUGAGUCUGGUCGAGAUGUAUGACAAUUAUGGGGAGAUCUGCAGAAAACUGUGUACUUGUGAGGAGAAGGAGGGGAUACUAUCUGUCAGCUGCGAGAACAGAGGGAUUGUCAGGCUGAUGGAAAUAAGCCCUGUGCAUUUUUCGACAUACCAUCUCCUGUUGACAGGAAAUCUCCUGAAAAAACUGUCCCUCAAUGACUUCAUCAAUUACACUGGGGUGACCAUUUUGCAUUUAGGAAAUAAUGAUAUAUCGGAGAUUGAGACGGGAGCUUUUAAUGGACUCCAGGGUCUCAAGAGAUUGCACCUGAACAAUAAUAAAAUAGAUGUUCUAAGGGAUGAUACUUUUACAGGGCUAGAGAGUCUGGAAUACCUUCAGAUUGAUUAUAAUUAUAUCAGUAACAUAGAUCCUAAUGCCCUGAACAAACUCCACCAUCUCACUGUACUCAUUUUGAAUGACAACUUGCUGUCAGCUUUGCCUGCUAACAUUUUCCGGAACGUACCAUUGACUCACCUGGAUCUGAGGGGGAACCGUUUGAAAAUGUUCCCCUACAUGGGUCUGUUGGAGCACAUGGGCAACGUGGUGGAAUUACAACUCGAGGAGAACCCGUGGAAUUGCUCGUGCGAGCUCAUCGCCCUCAAGGCUUGGCUCGAGAGCAUCUCCUACACGGCUCUGGUCGGAGAGGUGAUCUGCGAGACACCUUUCCGCCUGCACGGCAGGGACCUGGAUGAGGUCUCCAAGCAAGAGCUGUGUCCCCGGCGGGCCAUCUCCGAGUACGAGAUGCGCCCGCCGCCACCACCACUGAGCACCAGCGGCUAUUUCCAAACCACCCCGGCUGCUGUCACCACCUCGGCCACCUCCUCGGGUGUCUUCAGGUCCUCGUCGAGGCCCACGAAGGGCACCAGGCCUCCAAACAAAACACGAUCGAAGCCCACCACCCGCAUGCCAUCCAACCCCUACAACUAUGGGCCUAUCAUCGCCUUUCAGACCAAAGCCCCAGUGCCUUUGGACUGCCCCGCUGCGUGUACAUGCAAUCUGCAAAUAUCUGACCUGGGGCUAAAUGUCAACUGCCAGGAGAGAAAAAUUGAGAGCAUAUCAGAUCUUAAGCCCAAGCCAUACAAUCCUAAAAAAUUGUACCUCACAGGGAAUUACAUCCCUGUUGUGCGCAGAUCGGAUUUCGUGGAGGCCACAGGAUUGGAUUUGCUUCACCUGGGAAACAAUCGGAUAGCAGUCAUACAAGACAGAGCUUUUGGGGAUUUAACUCAGUUGCGUAGGCUGUAUUUGAAUGGCAAUUUAAUCGACCGUCUCACGGCAGACAUGUUUUUCGGCCUGCAGAGUUUGCAGUACCUGUACUUAGAGUACAACAAAAUCAGAGAGAUUGUUGGGGGCACCUUCAGGUUUUUGCCCAACCUCCAGCUGCUGUUUCUCAACAACAACCUUCUGAAAACAUUGCCAGGGGGCGUCUUUUCCAGUUUGUCCCUUUCACGGCUCAAUUUGCGCAGCAACCACUUUCAGAACUUGCCUGUGAGCGGUGUAUUGGAUCAGCUUAAGUUGCUGGUGCAGAUUGAUCUUUUUGAGAACCCGUGGGAUUGCUCCUGUGAUGCAGUGGGGAUGAAGAUCUGGCUUGAGCAGCUCAACAUGGGCACAGUUGUCAAUGACGUCAUCUGCGAGAGCCCAAAAAGGCUGUCAGGGCAGGACAUGCGCUCCGUGCUGGCGGAGCAACUGUGUCCUGAUUACUCAGACAUCGUUGUGUCCACUGUGGCCCCAUCUGACGAGCCAUUUGUGGGCAGGGUCACCACAGCCGAGCCCUCGCAGAACUUUCAACCCCCCUCCAGCACCGUUCCCCUGUCGGUUCUCAUUCUCAGCCUGCUGCUCGUCUUCAUCAUGUCCGUGUUUGUGGCGGCGGGGCUGUUCGUGGUGGUGAUGAAACGGCGCAAGAAGUCCCAGAGCGACCGCACCAGCACCAACAACUCUGACGUCAGCUCCUUCAACCUCCAGUACAGCCUGUACAGCAACCGCUCCGUCCCUAAGGGCAAGGCCCCCGCUGGGCACGUCUACGAGUACAUCCCACAGCCGCUGGGUCACAUGUGCAAGAACCCUAUCUACAGGUCGAGGGAAGGCAACGCGGUGGAGGAUUAUCGCGACUUCCACGAGCUCAAGGGGACCUAUCGGAGCAAUGUGGAUGAGGAGAGAGACAGCACCAUGCGUAGCCCCAGCUACAGUGUGAGCACCAUCGAGCCACGUGAGGACCCGUCCCCGGUGCAGGACGCCGAGCAUUUCUUCAGAGGAAUACUCGAGCCAGACAAGCCACCAGCCACCCCAGGCAACCCCUUCGAGUACAAGUACAGCGGUCCUGCCCCGUACACGUACAACGCAAACUUUGACGUUAGACGUCAGUAUUUGCAUCCUGACAGAAUAAGAGAAACUAUGCUGUAUGGAACCACUCCUAAUACUGUUUAUGUGGAACCCAACAGAAAUGAGUACUUGGAACUAAAGGCUAAACUCCAAGUUGAGCCAGACUACCUCGAAGUUCUUGAGAAACAAACAACAUUCAGCCAGUUUUGAACAUUUAUCUAUAGAAAUAUCAAGCAUUUUCCCAAUUUAUUGUGCUGGCUCAAAGAGAAGGGGUGCCUUGGCCCGCCAUUCACCAACUUAAAAAACAACAACAAAACAACAACAAAAGGAUCAGAAAUGGGGUGUGCCCAACUGUAUUACUUUUUUUUUAAAAGCUACAUGACAUUACAGAAAAAUAAAUACUCUCUGAACUUGAGUAGAGGAACAAAAUAGGUGAGUGGUGACAAAAACUGGUGAUGCAAAAUCUAUUUUUUUAUGUCCAGAAUUGAAUACACAUAAAUGUAGGUGUACAGGCAAUUACCCAAAAUACAUUUUCAGGAAUAUAACCUUACAUAUAUUGUGAAAUACAAAAAAAAAAAUGUUCACCACCAUUCAACAAAACCAACUGUACAGUACAUUCAACUGUGCAGGACAAUUCUCUGCUCUAUUCUGUAAGUAAGUACUGUAUUUAUUGGUAUAAUCUCUGCCAUGUAUUUCCAACCUCUUUAAUUAAUCAUCACUAUUACCUGUUCCAUGUUCCAUAAUCUUCUGUAAAGCUUAUGUUUGUAAUUUCAAAUCAUUUAUUGUAGCGCGCAUUGUACAAGUGGCUUUAUUUUAACUGUGGCACACCCCCAAUGUCAAAGAGAGACUUUUGCAUCACCUAAAAAAAGAGAAAAAAAGUGUCUUUGUAUGCUUUCUGCACUUUUUUGGAAAUGGAAGACCCUAGGGUCUCCCCAGCUACCAUUAGGAAAAUUAUUAUAUAUUAAAAAUGAAUAUGUGCAUUCAUUCUUAAUAUGUAUUUUUAAUAUGUUAUCAGAAUUCAUAAAUAAUAAUUGAAGUAAUAAUUAUGUUGUGUAAUACGGAUAUUUUAAUGUAACACCUAUUUUUAUACAAGCAUUCGCAAUUCUCUAUCCCUUGUUUUCAUGGUUUUGAUUGAUUUGCACUUACUGCACUAUACUGACCAAAAUAUGUUAAUGUCAUCAAUAAAUAUGAUGUCAGGUUCAUAUAUCUUUGUCUGAAAAUUUAAA